CAUGAAUUGUGGAUAGUUUAUCGAUAUGCUGCUCGAAUGAUCCUGCAUUCACAGGCCUGCUUGAGGCAUGUAGGCAUUGAAACGAGGCAUUUGUGUCCCGAGUAUUCGAGACAGUCCGCAGAACUGACUUAGCUCAUGACAUGAAGGACUUUUACUUCUGGUCACAAGGAUUACUUUCAAUCAUUACAAUCAAGUGGAUAUUGAAGAUAUCACAUAUUGCAAUUGCAUAUUGUGCUGGCUUUUCUAAUCUUCUCUUUGAUUGUCUGUUUUUUGGAUUAAAACAUUUAGGUCAGAUCAUUUUCUGGAAAGAGGUUUUUCAAAUUGCCAACGUUGAUUACCAAAGGUGCUUUUCUGUGGAUUUUAUCAUACAGUAUGACUUAGUGAUGACGAACAAACGAGAAAAAGUGCCAUAUUCCCACCAUGUGAUCACAACACUCUUGUUCAUUAGCCUGAUUUUAAAUUGUGCAAAUGCUGCUCCUUCUUACAGUGUGAAUGUUUCACCGACUACCGUUGGUAUAGGCGAUAGUGUUACUUUAUCAUGUCGGAUUACUGACCCUUCUGGGUUCACUGUGCAGUGGAGGAAAGAUAUCAAUGGUGAAUUCAAAGAUGUUGGAACCGCAACUAAAAAUGGUUGCAUAUUUAACGCACAGCUUGAUAGCACAAACUACAGAUGGGAUAUCUGUGGUGCUGCGACAAAUAUCUCCCCAAGAGACUAUAAUUUAAAGAUAAUCAAAGCUCGACCUGCUGAUGCUGGUACAUGGGAUUGUCUUGAUAUUGGGAAGGGCACGCCUAGUGACCGUGUGGAAGUCAAAGUACAAGUGCCACCACUCACGCCUACAGUGACCGGCCUAGACAAACCAGUGGGUGUAGGGACGAAACAUACCUUGACAUGCGAUGCCCACCAGCCGGGAAUAUCAAACUCCAUCGCCUAUACCUGGUAUAAGGACAACAUCGCCAAAGCUACUCUCAGUGAUCUGUCCUUUAAUCCGGUCUCGAAAGCAGAUGCCGGAUCAUAUAGGUGUGAAGCGAAGAAUGCUGUUGCAACUACAACUAGCAAGAGUCUAGACUUUGAAGUGUAUUACCCACCUAAUACAAUAACCCUUUCAUCAACAAAAUCAGUGCGUCCAUUAAACCAACGAGAGUCAUUCACCUGUAUGACCUCUGGAAGUAACCCGCCCAAUCCAAUACUGACCAUCUACCGAGAUAAGGGCGGGAAAAAGGAGCUUCUCACUGGAACUGGGCCAACAAUCCUAUUGAAUGAUCGGAGGAUGGCAAAAUCAGACAACCAGGCCAAGUUUUAUUGCGAGUCGAGUGUGAGCGGCUAUCCGAGUAUGUUCAAGAAAUCCAAUGAGAUUACGUAUACAGUAUAUUAUCCACACACCGUGACCUUGCUGACGAACUCAACAAGGACAGUGGUGGCAGGAACGACCUUCACCUUAACAUGCAAUGCCACUGGUGGAAACCCAGAGAACGUCAAGCAGUACAGGUGGACACGAAACGGGAAGACGCUGCAGUCGACGUCGCGUGUUUAUUACCGUUACGACGUGAAAUAUGAUGACGGAGGAAACUAUGGGUGCACUGCAACAAAUGAUGGUGGUUCCACAUCAGACAGUAUAAACAUAACUGUAAAUUACCCACCAAUAUGGAACCCUGCACUUCCUGAAGUCCUGACAACGACCGCCACCUUGAACCGGCCGGCCAAAUUCACUCUCCACGUCAUAGCUAACCCAGUCGCUACGGUUGCUACCUGGUUCCGCUACCACAGCUCUACAAACUUCACAGCCCUGGACUCCGAUUUCACCCCUGCAAAGGUCAAUGAGACGACGUACACUUUAGAGAUAAAAUCAGUAAAGCAAGACUAUUUUGGGCAAUAUAAGGUGGAUGUCACAAGCCCAACUGGUCCAAGCGCAUUCAUUUUCAAAUUGACACCACCUGGUAAACCUAAUCCUCCAUGUUGUUUGAACGUUACUAUGGUGACGUCUAAAUCAGUCACCUUGACCUUCAAAGCUGGAUUCUUCGGUGGAUCGGAGCAAACUUUUACAGUCGAGUUUCGAGAGAGCAGUGGGAGUUGGAGUGAUGCUGAAACUAAAGUUGCUGACCCUGGGACUGACCGCAUUGCUACGGUGAAAAUAUCGGACUUGAAAGAAGAGACUGGUUAUGAGUUUCGAGUUUGUGGCAAGAAUAGUUUCGGAAGGAGCGAGUAUUCAGAUAUUGCUGGCACAGAAACAGAUGCGGCGCCACCAAUUAGCGACGAUGAAAUCUCCAUCAUAAGAAAAGAUGCCACAAUUACCAUCUCUUGGCCAGCCCUUGGUCGAGAAUAUACAAAGAUUGAAAUUAAGUAUUGCGUCAUCCGAGGGGAAAAUCGUGGAGUUUGCGUAAUACACGAGGUCAAGGACACAUCAGUUACCAUGGCAACCAUCACAGUGGAAGAGGGAAAGGAGUACGGCUACACAAUGACAAUCUACGACGAUGGUGACACCGUUUUUAUAUCGGCAGUUCUUGCAAGUAGAACCGAGCUGCCUGUUGUAAUCAUAGCGGGGGGAGCGGCUGGCGGCGGUGUCCUGUUACUCAUCAUCAUCAUCAUCACCGCAGUCUGCAUCAGCAAGAAGAGAAAGGAGAAGAAAGAAAAAGGUGAUGUUGAACUUCACAGGGUUAUCCGAACCUCUUCUACCAACAAUGACCCAGCAUCUGCGGGUUCCUCUAAGAAAUUUCACAUUUUUGCGAAACCGCAUGCAAAAAAUACGCUCCGGCGAAAAUAUCAGGACACACUUGUGGUUGAGGACAAGGGCCGAAAGAGGGGUAGCAUGGACAUAGGUCAAAUCAACCCUGGUUAUGAGAACGAUUUCAAGCAGCGGGAUGAGGCAAGAAAGGACAGCUUGGCAAGCAUUUUGGACAAAGGUCACUUUGCCUAUGAAGAUGUCAGCAUCAAUAACUACUGUCCAAAGAUGACCUCAAAUGAGUCUGCUGAACAUGCAGAGGUAGAGCUUAGAACACCCGAUACCACCAGAAUGGAUGCAUUGGAUGGGGGCCAAGAGAAAUUGGACCUGUCAGCGAUCAUCAACAAACCAACCAAAGCUCCACCUAUGGCAGAAUAUGCGCAAGUCGAUUUCACCAAGAAAACUCGGCCCAACAAUCUCAACGAACCUCCUGGGACCAAGGUUAAUAACAGUGACAUAAAUAAAGGUGCUGUCUAUGCCGAUGUGGAUCUCUCCAAGAAGUCAAACCGUCAACACCUAACAGUCGAUAAUGUGUCGAUGGAUGGCACAGACCAAGAUCAAUCCUUUGAAAUUAAGAUCCGAGUGAAAGGAAUAUCUGCAGAGGACUUCUGCAAUCAACCUGACAAUCCUUUUAAAAUACAUGUCUUGGUUAAAGUACCAAGUCCUAAACCUGGACAUAAAGCACCUCCUCUGGCCACAGCUCCUAAACCCAAGUCCAAAGCAAAACCUGCGGGGUCAACCUAUGAAAAUACAGACAUAAGGACCAACAUCAAUGACUUAAACUGCAAUUCUUCUGAAGAUGGAGCUUAUGCCAACACAGGAGGAGAUAAUAUCUACCAAGAAGUAGGGGUCGGACAGACACAGAAACCACCAAUGGUUGGAGUUGAUGGUACGAUCUACGCAGAUGUCAACUUGAUGAAUCAAAAGCCAUCAAAACCAGUUGUGAUCAAGGAGACAGAACCAAGUUCAGAAUACGCUCAGGUUGACUUCGGCAGGAAAGCACCUUCAAUGACAGGGAAUGCAGAAAAGAUCUGAUCUCAAAAACUAAUUUUAAAAUCUUGCAUUGAUGUUAACCAUGCAGUAUGAAGGGUAUCUCUUAAACAUUUUUUUAAAAAUUAAUGAUUAACCCUUUGGCUGCUGAAGCCCCUUAGGGUACAAGAAUGUUAUUUUUGAAUUUUCACAUGAUCCAUUGUGUUGCAGGAUAUACACUAGAUUAACUGAUCCAAGAAGGUUUUAUUUUGGGGCAUGACCAUCACCACAAUGUGCUUUGAAUGCAACAAUGACCCAUUCAUUCUUGAUUGGCUUAAACCUGUCAGUCUUUGCAGGUUGAAGUUAGUUGAUUGACAGUGGUUGAUUGCAAUGGGAUUUAGCUGAUCACAUGUGAGCAAACCACUCUUUGUUUAUUCGUGGUUUUUGUGUGGUAGAUAAAAGAUGGUUGAGAGAAGGAGUGCCAGGACAAAUGGCUGCGCCAGUUGAUUUUGCUGUGUUCUCACCCGAUGGUGGGAUAUCGUAACUGCUGCAUAGUCUAAGUGGUUUUCAAAUUUCAACACAAUACCAGUGCAAAGUUGGCAAUGCCUGUUAUUGCGAACCAUCAGAAGCAUCUGAUUGCCGAGUGAUGUGAAUUGUGAUGUUUACCCUAGGCUUUCUACUAUGAUGUCAUGCCCUUCCUCUUUGGCUUGAAUGACUUUGUGUCACAGAUCUGAUCUCAUGAAUAAUAUUUGUAAAACUUCGCAUUCGUAAAUUAUAUUACUCUAGAAGGCCAGAGGAGUCCUGAAGACAGUUAAAAAUAUUUCAAUAUGCACGCUGGAGUGAAGUGCCAACUCAUUUUGCGAAAACUUUAAAGACAAAAAAGACAUUGAUAUGGUGAAAAACAAGUCCAUAACAAGCUGUUAACCUGGGGACGCACAUACUUCUGAUAUCUGAUCUCUUAGCUCUGAGAGUAGACUCUUCAGGGCCACAUUUACUUUUUGGUGCCAGGGGAGCAGUAGGGUCUCGUGGGGGUCCGAGGCAGAUGAAGGCAGAACGAAUCUGCAUGUUAACCACAUUUUCUGGGGUUCAGUUGCCCCCCCCUUCCCCCAGUAAAUACAGCCCUGCUGUCAGUCCAGGUGGUCACAAUUGGAUUGUCACUGUAAUGACUCCAUGUUAUGAUACUUCGGUGGUAAAUAAACUGAUGUUGCACGGCAUAUUCUUGAUUCCCAUUUGACGCAUGAUAAUGAAUUCUUUGUUACCUAGUUUGUUCAGUUUCUUAGAAUAAUUUCUUUAAUAAUGGGACAAUGUCCAUUUUGGUGACACUGCUGAACUUCCCAGAGUUGCAUUCCGGCAAUAUUAGUGAUGUAUUUACAAUUCAUAUUGUAUGAGAUUGAAUGAAUUUAUCAUGUGAAAUUAUAUUUACUGUAUACUUUUAUUCAACAUGUUUAUCAUGCUUAACACAUCCAAGGAUUUCUGGUAUUCUUUUAAGAAUUCAAGGGUGGAAGUCUGGUUAAUGUUAAUCAGGUAUUGACAUUAUGACUACAUGUACAGCGUGUGUAUUGUAUUGUACCAUGCUAGAGACCGUAUUGAACAUUCCACUUGACAAAAGUUUAAAAUAUAUUCAAUAUUUCUUUGAUACUUGGCCAUAAUAUUAAAAAAUUUAGUGCUUUGUGAGAUAUAUAUGUACCCGUAUCUUGCUGUGUUCCAUAUUUUUUAGACCAAUUUCUUUUUGCAACUUAGUAUUCUGUGCUAGGAACUCAGUUCAGAGAGCUAAAUAUGUGUGUUUCGGAGCAUGAUCUACUUUACUUACGGGUAUGAAUAAAGUCUAGUAAGUACACCAUAUACAUUUACACUGGGCAUUUCAGUACUAAAACAGAAGUAUAAUGGCUUUACUAGUCAUUAUUCAUAUCAUCCCUUGUUCUUUGUCCAAUCAUUCCUGACAUUAUCUACCAUAAUAAAAAUUGUGACAACUUUAUUUUUUAAUGGAAGUCUUUAUAAUUGCCAAACUAGAAAUCCAAAGUUCGUAAUUUGGUUGAAAUUUGUUUAUCCCCUAUAAUAAAAUGCAAGAAAACUUUAUUUCUUACAGAAUAUUUGUGACCCACCACAACAAAAUGAGUCGCAUGUCGCACAGAAGAUGAGCCUAAAAUGACACCAGGAAAUAAUAGAAGAAAUUGAUGUACACAGAUGUAUCAAAAGGCAGACAAUAGUGAAAUGAACAACCAGUCCGUCUCAACCUGUCAAGCUCGGAGCGACAUGCGACUUGUUCCAUCAUGGCGGAUCACAUUUUAUAAUUGCAAAAAGGAGUUUUGAAAAUUUACAUGCUUUCAGUCUGUUAAGUAUUUUAAAGCUUAAAGGCCUACAUCGUUCGUUAAAAGUUUUGAAACUGAAUUAAAAAAUGUCCGAUUGCGAAAAUACAUACUAAAUAAAACUUUCUAUGUACUGAUAUACAAAUACUAUAAAUACAGAGUUUAAACAAAUUUGUAUUCACAAUAACUGCACUACGGCAUUGCGUAUUAGUGGAUUUCUAUUUAACUGGAUCACAAAUAAUUACAAACGGCGUACCCCUUUAACAGACUGAAAGGCAAAGAUUGUUGCUGCUCAUCAGGUUUAUGGCUUCAUGUACAAAACAUGUACCUGUAUUAGUGAGAUAUAACAAUUGUUAUUUUUCAGAGUAUUUUGACAUUAAGUCUUCAAAAUGAUAUCUGUUUGUCUGAAGGAGAAAAUGGUAAUGGUAGAGCACAAAAGGAUGUAUAUUUAGGGCAAGAUAAUAACAAUUUUAGCACUUUAUAGAUACUUAGUGGUGCAAAAACAAUUGUCUACUAUUGGCUUUGAAUAAUUCCUAAAAUAUUAAUCUUAUAUUUGCCAAACUUCUGCACAUCACUCACGUACAUAGCUGUGGUCAAUACUUUCAGUGUUUAGUAUAUAUUGGAUCUAACCACAAUAGAUAGUACACUAUUAAACAAUAAUGAGUGCAUUAUCACUUUUGUGUGAGGGUCAUAUCGGUUGCAGAAAUGUAGAAAAAUGUAACUGCCCAUUACCAAAAAGAGACAAGGCAAUUCUGCUAUUGGGCAAUGAAUGAUGCUGCUGAAAAUGAGGUCAUAGGUCAGACAAACUGAACACAAAAAUGAUCAGCUGCCUAUGACCACAAUUUGAAAUUGAUAUGUUUGGGAGUUAUUCAAAUUCAUAAGUGUGUAAACUUUUCUGUGCUGCCUGGUAUGAUAUUGCAAUGUUUAUAGGUGCUACAUUUGAUAUACGUUUAAAUAUAAAUGAAGUGUCCAGAUGCAAGAGCCUCUGCUUUUUGAUUAAAUCCAACUUUUCUGCUGUAACUUAUGGUUUUAGCAUUAAUUAAGUGAUAUCAUCAUUAUUAUUACAUGUGUUUCAAUAGGAUUUUGCGGGUUUGCAAUGAAUUGCUUCAUUCUUUUGAUCUGGAUAUCGUUUUGGCUUCAUUUUACAAUAUCUUAUAUUGAAUUUUAGUGGCUCUUACAUCUGAACUCUUCAAAUGCACUGUACAAUCAUUCCAAAAUGUUAACCCAUUGCACUUGUUUAACAAGUUUUAUCAUAUUAUUGUGGGAUAUAUGAAAAGGCAUCAUGAUUAAUGCCUCAUGGCUUUGAAGCAAAAGUUGAUAUAUUACUCAGGAGAUCUUUUCAGAUGUUAUGUCUCCUCUCAUUACAGAAAAGAAACCACAGUAGAACCUCUCUAUUAAGGACACCCUCAGGACUGACAAGUGCUGUCCUUGAUAGAGAAGAGUCCUGAUUAGAGAGGUCAAAUUGAAUGAAAACAACCAAUUUGGGACCAAACCUAGUGUCCUUGAUAGAGAGGUUGUCCUUAAUAGAGAGGUAUCCGGUAAGAGAGGUUCUACUGUACAUAUACUUCUUCAAGGACUUGAAUCAGCAUUGUAGUUGGCGGGAGUUUAAACAAAAUUUGCAUUAGUGUAUAGAUGGAUAAUUUUGUUCACAAAAUGAUGUCAUUACUGUUUGCUGCGUGCACAUACUCGUAUUUCAACAGAGGAGAAGGGAUGGCGUGACGUCACAAUAUCAACAUCCACGAUCAUUGUUGGUUUCACUUGAACACAAGGAGUUUCUCUUGUGACUUGCAUGAUAUUUUAGAAUAAAACUUGGAUACGAUUUUGUCACAAUAAAGCUGUACAUCAUCGGUUAAGCAUCAUUAUGUUAUCGAGAGAAAUCUCAACCGUACGACGGUUUAUCGCAACUUUACUUCAUAAAAACCA